AUGUUAAUAAUGCGAAAUACAUAUCUGUUAACAAUGGUUGUCUUUUGCAUGAUAACAAUGCAAUUAUCAGCUUAUCACCAUAGACCAUACAUCAUCAGUGGUUGGCCAAUUAUGAUUGGUGACGAUGAUCAAGUUGCAAUUCCUGAUGAUGCGCAAAUAUCAAAAAUGCCGGAACCGAUUCAAAAACGAUUUCAUCUUGGAUGGAAUAUUCUUCAAAAUCGACUGAGGAAUCAAUAA